AUGCUACAAUCACAAGAAAAUUCCAUCGUAGAGCGUGAAUCGUGUCUUUUUUCGACCACACACUUUAAAUAUCUCGUUAAACCAGAUGCACAAAGCGUACAUGAUUAUUUCAUGAAACAGAAAGCAUCUACUUGGAGUCUUCAAAAUUAUAUUGGACAUGUUCUUGAUAAUCUUGAGAAAGAGUUGGUCGAUUUCGAUCAAGCCUAUUCAAUUUUCACUGAUAGCUUAGAUAAGACCAAUCAGAUCGUUAAUAUUCUUCUUCCAAUCAAAUCUUUUUGUAGAAAUUAUCUCAAAUGGUUAAAGUCCUGUGCAGGUAUUGCUACUAUUGGAGCCUGUUGCAAUUUUUUUGACGUCAAGAAAAUGCAAAGUCAAUCUUUUAAACUUCACGAUACCGUUGAGACCACAAUAUGUCUUAACGCGAAGAUGGAAGUCUUUCAAUGUCAUCUACAAUCAUCAGGAUCUUUACCGUCACCAAAAUCUCCUUCACAAAUUUAUCGGGAAUUAACGCAUCUGAUUUCAACACCUAACAAAUGA